AAGUAUUGCUCAUACUAGAAUAUGUUAAUGGUUAAUUUGAUCAUCCUGAUCAGGGUCUCUGCGGCUCCAGAGCUUAUGCCAAGGACACUCGGAUGGCACAAUGCACACACAUUCACGCAUAGCAGCAAUUUAGCACAGUCAGUCCACCUGCAUGUUUCUGGACAGUGGGAGGAAACCAGAGAACCCAGAGGAAACCCGUGCCAUCAUAUAAAGAACAUGCAAGACUCGAUACAGUGACCCGAGCUCAGGAUAGAACCAGGGAUUCGGGAGCUGUGAGGCGGCAAUGCUACCCGCUGUACCACUAAGACUUUUCUUUUUUUUGUCACGUCCUGUUAUUGAAAUUUAAUUUAUUGCUGCCAUAAAUAGGUAAAGCAAAUGUAGCAUUGAGGACAUGUCAUUAUAAAUGGUUUUGAUCAAAGGGUAAGCUUCUUUAGAAUAUGAUAGAAAUUUUUUCCUUCACAUGUAGCUAGUCAACACUUUGUGGCAAGGAAGCUUAGAUAAGGUGGAAAUUCAAAGACUGUCCCAGUAUAAUGAAUUCAAUCUCAAAUGCCUUGGUAGUAGAAGGAAGAUCUCAGUGCACGUGAUUGCAAUCAAUGAACAAAAGCUGCACAUAUCAGCAGAGCUCUGUAUGGAGAGGGACACACACACACACACACAAACAAGGCGGGCAUUCAUGGGUUAACGGUGUGAGGAUACUUGAGGCCUCCAAACGAUGGCAGGAUUGCGCGAAAUUUCCAGCAGAGAGCUGCACUUGUACUUGUGCCAAUAAACACCCCCUCUGUUCCUCUGUAUGUAGCCUUCCCACAGGUACGAGACUGCGCGAGACUCUCUUGCGCACAGACCUGGAUGACUUGUGGAAGCACGGGGAGGGAUUUUACGCCUCGACAGCAAGAAAACGCACAGCUUUUUGUCACACAAUGCUUCAUGUGUGGGUUGCAUGAAGCUGACGGAGGCUGAACAGAGACAUUCGACUGCUUGAAAAUGGUUGUGUAUGUGCACAGGAUCGCGGUGAGGCUGCUCAUGACCGUGGUGUGUGUUGGAGCAGCAGCGGAGUUCGGAACGCGUACAGACGCACGAGGCGCCGCUUUCACGAGAUUAAGGCGUCAGAGCAACACAGCUAAACCUGCUCUGAAGAUCACAGAUUACCACGUGCGGUGCACCGUCAUCUCCCGCUAUGCUCUCACCACAGUAGAAAGUACAGUGUGGAACCAGCUCCAUUUCACCAAAGAGGCAGCGUUUGAGGUUGAUCUGCCUCCCUCAGCCUUCAUCUCCAACUUUACCAUCACAUCUAAUGGUAAAGUCCAUGUGGCCGAAGUGAAGGAGAGAGCUGCUGCCAAGAAGAUCUACGAUGACGCCAAGAAGCAGGGGAAGACAACAGGACUUGUUGCCACCAAGGAGCGGGAGAUUGAGAAGUUUCGGGUGGCUGUCAGCGUGCCUCCUGGAGUCCACAUGCACUUUUCCCUGACGUAUGAGGAGCUAUUGACACGACGGCUGGGGCGCUAUGAGCUGGCUUUGGGCCUCAGGCCUGGGCAGCCUGUGCAGAAUCUCUCUGUGGAUGUUAGUAUAGCGGAGAGGAGUGAAAUCAGCUUCAUCAAAGUGUUACCACUCAGGACCAGUCGUCUGCUUACCAACACUGACCAAGCUGAGGCCAAAGCACCCCCCUCCACUCAGGUGCAGCAGAACCUACACUGUGCUCACAUUCAUUACAACCCCAGCCUGCAGCAGCAGAGGACCAUCUCCCCCAAAGGCAUCAAUGCAGACUUUGUCCUCCAGUAUGACGUAGAGCAAAGAGAUCUCAUGGGAGACAUCCAGGUGCAUGACGGUUUCUUUGUUCAUUACUUUUCCCCGCGGGGCCUGCCGGUAGUUUCUAAAGAUAUCAUCUUCGUUAUUGACAUCAGUGGCUCCAUGAUCGGCACGAAGAUCAAACAGACUAAGGCAGCGAUAUCUACGAUCCUGGGUGACCUACGUGAGGGCGACUACUUCAAUCUCAUUACGUUUUCGGAUAAAGUGCAGAUCUGGAAGAAAGACCGCACUGUGCUGGCCACAAAGCAGAACAUACGGGAUGCGAAGGAGUUUGUCAAGAAAAUCGUUGCAGAUGGCUGGACAAACAUCAAUGCGGCUCUUCUCUCAGCAGCACAGCUGAUCAACUCCUCCUCUUCAUCUCCUGCUAACCAAUUGUCCACACCACGACGAGUUCCCAUGAUCGUCUUUCUGACCGAUGGAGAGGCUACAAUCGGAGUGACUGCACAAGAGGUUAUUCUGCAUAAUGCUCAGAGUGCGCUGGGUUCAGUCUCUCUGUUUGCCCUGGCAUUCGGAGAUGAUGCAGAUUUUCCUCUACUGAAACGAUUGGCUUUGGAGAACCGUGGGAUAGCACGGAUGGUAUAUGAGGAUGCUGAUGCUGCACUCCAAUUAAAGGGUUUCUAUGAUGAGGUAGCGAGUCCACUACUGUCAGAUAUCCAGCUUUCCUACCUUGAAGACCAAGCUUAUGAUGUCACAUGGUCCCUUUUCCCCAACUACUUCCAAGGCUCUGAGCUGGUAGUCACUGGGAAGAUUAAGCCAGACAUACAGGAUCUGAAAGUUUCAUUGACAGCAAGUGGCACAAAGCAGAAGGUGAAGGUAGAGAGUGAGUUUGUACUGGCCAAGCUUGAAGUAAAUGAGACUUCAGCAUCACUGGGGUGUACCAGGGAACUGCAUGGCAUCUCCAACUUUAUGCAUCGCCUCUGGGCCUAUUACACUAUCAAGGAGCUUUUGUUGGCUAAACUCAACAGCUCAGAUCCAUUAGUACAACGCUUGCUAGCAGAGAAGGCCACCAACCUUUCACUAAAAUAUAAUUUUGUCACUCCAGUCACCUCUUUGGUGGUGGUUAAACCAGAUAUUGAUGAGCCAAAUCCAACUACUGUCUCUACAACCACGACUACACCCAAGCCUGUCACUACCACUACAGCAAGUGUGACCACCACACCUACACAAAUGUCAAGUACCUCUAAAAUGACUUCUGCUACCGAGGCAUUGAUCAAAAAGCCAAGCAAACCUUUAAAGCCCAGUAAACCUUCUCUCACCAAACCCCUUCGACCAGACCUGCCUAUUCCUGGACAUCCAAUAAAUACUCCUUCUCCAGACAAAAAUGUAGCACCCAAGAGGACAACACCUUUACCACACAACUUAUCUAAGACCACCUCUGCCCCUCUUUUGAGCAAAGCUCCCACUGUUCCCACCAGCACCAUGAGAACUGAUGCUCCCACUUUCCUCCCACUCAAUUCCACUAGCACAGCUUCUCCACCUCUCAAGAGUUCAGUCGCAAUGCCCAAUGUGGCUGAAACCACAACACCACCCAGCUCAGAGAAACAUCAAGUCCUGCCUCUCGAGAAACCCGCAUUCUUAUCUGACACUGACAGUUUUGCCACACCUGAUGUUCCUGCAGUGCAGCCAGAUUUUCAGGAAGUCCCUUCAUCAAAUGCUUCACCUGAAGAUCCUGAUGAGGAAAUAAACAUCUCCACUCUUCUGGCUGCCUCCUUUGCCCCUAUGCCAGGCAUGACAGAUGCACCCAAUCUCUGGGAAGCUACUGGUAUUUUAGAUGUUUCUACAGCCAUCCUGACAAAAGAUGCUGAUGAUAUCAAAGAGUAUGAUGUCUCGUAUGAGUACGACACUGACUACAUCAUCCAUUAUGAUUCCUCCACACCAGACGACACAGAUAUCAUAAGUUCUGUGGGAAUCUUCUCCUCCUCAGUGGAUGGAGACCCCCAUUUUGUUGUUAUGCUCCCAAAGAUACAUGAAAAUCUGUGUUUUACUGUUGAUGGCGAGGCCAAUGAUGUGUUACGUCUUCUGGAGGACCCAGUCAGAGGCAUUACAGUGAAUGGCCAUUUGAUGUUGGCUCCUCCUAAGAUUGGAAUCGAGGACCGCACUCGCACCUUCUUUGACAAGAUAACCAUCAGAAUUUCCAAAGGUGGAAUCAAGAUCACCGUUAUGAUAGACUCAGUGGUAGUGAAGGGAGAAGGGCUUGAAACUCUGUCUACCAGACAGGAGGGAUCUGUGACACUCCCAGGCUUGAAGAUUGUGCUCGAUGGACACCAGAGCUGCUGGAUUGAGCUCGGAAAAGGCGUCGUGUUCCUGGUUCUGAUCCAUCGAUAUAGUCACCCCACCUAUUUCCAGAUGGAGCAUCUAGGAUUCUACAUAGCCGAUGGCGAGGGGUUAUCUUCUUUAACGCAAGGUCUACUCGGCCAGUUCCAGCACAGCACCAUAGACGUGGUGAGGAUAACAGACAGACAUGGUGCCAUGUUCCACCACGGUCAGACCAGCAACAACAGUACUCUGGCCUUGGGAUUACUCAUGAAAGGGGACGAACAAAUUCCAGUCUCUUUACAGGAUAAGGCUUUGAAGAACACACUAAAUAAGCGCCACUCGGCCCAGUGCUGGGUGGUGCCCAAGGUGGAAGUGGAACGGCUCCUGGAGCGGCCUUACCAAAGCUAUGUGGUGGAUGACCUUUAAAUGCCCUGUGGCUACAUUUCAAGCUCAUGUCUACUGAUUCAUAGCAGGGCCAUAGAAGAAUAUAGGACACUACAGUGCGAGGGUGGCAUAUUUACCCUCAGUUAACAUGUAAGCAUAGAGGGUGUUCAGUAUGGAAAAGUGACACUGUGGAAAGUUUUAAUGUCUGUAUAGAAAAUACGACGAGUUGCUUAAAGACUGAAGAAUCCAGGAGUUGAAUCGGAUUGCACUCAGGAUGAAAAGCUACAGUCUGAACAAUCAUACCAUUAAGAACUAUAUUUCAGGUACUGAUUUUGUUUCAGGAAAUGAUAAAAAUAUAUAGAUUACAUUUCAAAACAAGGAUUUUUAUGUAAUGCUUAUAGUUAUUUUGUAGAAACAUAUAUGUAUACAAAAUAAUCCAUUAAAUGUGUAUUUUUGGAAGAGUGGUACACAAACCCAGUUUUAU